UUGUUCAGGGCUGCGAUACUGGGAAUACACACUAUCAUUUCUCUCAAAAUAACAAGAUCUCUGUCUACAACAUUGGUCGAGAACUUCAGAAACGAGCGCGUUUUUCUUGGAUCCGGAUAACCGAUUUGGGUCUCCAUCGUCCUUCGUUAAUUUUAAUAGGUUUAAUGACGAGUUAAAUGUGGAUUAUCGGCACGGCAAAUGCUGUUGUUAUUUGGAAGUAAAUAAAAGAGCAAGAUAGAUCAAUGCUGCGGGAUAAACUGAAGGAGGGAUCUCCAGGUUUCUGACGUGUUCUGGUAAUAUCAAUGACAUAUCUGGAGUGGACGAGGGAUUUGCGUGAAUUUUGAUGCGUGUGGGGUAGUUGAGUGACCACUUGUACUGCAUCUCCCCUUUGGUUUGCCUUCCCUCCUUUCUCCCCUUUAGCUGUGAAAUCUUCUUCACAGACAGACUCGUUGAACCCCUCGGUCCCCGCAUGACAUGGUUCAGUCCAGCUGCGAGAUCCGAGCCUCCUCGAUGCAUUGGGAUUUUUCUCAGCGCCGACACCGAGUGAAUCUCCCUUUUCAGACCAUCUGAGAACUACCGUGCCUGCCGGAAAAAAGAAAAACCCCUGCCAUGACCACCGCCUCAAACCGGGACGGAGCAACGGGACUUGCGAGGAGACCGGAAUGCGCAUGCAGGAGAGGGGACGGAAUACGAAUUUUUGCGCUAAUGAAGGCGGGAGUACAGGCGCACCAUUGGAGCCGGGUGCUGUUCUUAUAUAUGGGGCUACUGGCUGCCUCGGCAAAGGCUCAGAACUGCAGUUACACACUACACAAUCCCAAUGGGACGAUAGAGAGCCCCGGCUAUCCUUAUGGGUACCCCAACUAUGCCAACUGUACAUGGGUGAUCGUGGCAGCAGAACACAACCGAAUACAGCUGGUGUUUCAAGGCUUCGCCCUGGAGGAGGAUUUUGACAUCUUGUCUGUGUAUGAUGGGCCGCCCAGUCCUGGGAACCUGCGGACACGGUUAACGGGGUUCCAGCUGCCUUCACCCAUUGUGAGUACAGGCUCCAGGCUCACACUGUGGCUACUGUCUGACUACGCUGUCAGUGGACAGGGAUUUAAGGCUGCCUAUGAAGCCUUGCCCAGCUAUACGUGUGGCAACCCUGGGCAGCUACUCAAUGGCCACCAGCAGGGAUCCACCUUCAACAUAGGGGAUAAGAUCCGCUACAGCUGCAGCCAGGGCUACGUGCUGGAGGGUCACACCACCCUGUCCUGCCUCGCCACAUCAGCUGGCACCGCUGCCUGGGACUUUCCCCUGCCCUACUGCAGAGCGGAUGACGGUUGUGGAGGCACGCUUCGUGGCCAAAGUGGGGUGAUCACAAGCCCCAACUACCCAGCGGAGUACAACAACAACGCCGACUGCACCUGGACGGUGCUGGCUGAGCCGGGAGACACCAUCGCCCUGGUGUUCUCCGACUUCCAGCUGGAGGACGAUUAUGACCUGCUGGAGGUCAGCGGCACCGAGGGCUCAUCACAAUGGUUUACUGGCCCAAACCUUCCCUCACCCAUCAUCAGCAGCAAGAACUGGCUGCGACUGCACUUCACCUCCGAUGGCAACCACAAGUUGAGAGGCUUUAGUGCCCAGUACCAAGUUAAGAAGAUGACUGAGCUCAAGUCUCGAGGUGUGAAGAUGCUGCCCAGCAAAGACAACCACCACAAGAUAUCAGUGUUGUCUCAGAUGGGUGUGGCGCAGGGCCACAACAUGUGUCCAGACCCAGGGAUCCCAGACCGAGGAAAAAGAAAAGGCUCUGACUUCAGACGCGGGGCCACAGUGCAUUUUUCCUGCGAUGAGGGCUACGAACUGCAGGGCUCGAAGAGCAUCAGCUGUCUGCGGGUGACGGACAGUUACGUGGGCUGGAGCGAUGACCGCCCCAUCUGCAGAGCACCCAUGUGUGGAGGUCAGCUGAGAGGACCCAAUGGCAUCAUCACCUCUCCAAACUAUCCGGUCCAGUACGACAACAACGCUAACUGUACCUGGGUCAUCACAGCCACGGAUACAUCCAAGGUGAUCAAGCUGACGUUUGAGGAUUUUGACCUGGAGCGUGGCUACGACACCCUGACAGUCGGGGACGGCGAGGUGGUGGGAGACCAGAAGACCGUCUUCCACGUCCUGUCUGGCACGACCACUCCAGACCUGGUCGUCAGCACCAGUCACCAGAUGUGGCUCAACUUCAAAACAGACGACACCAGCGGCUCCCUGGGCUUCAAGGUGUCAUAUGAAGAAAUUGACCAGGGCAGCUGCGGAGAUCCUGGUAUCCCGGCUUACGGCAAGCGGGAGGGGACCGGCUUCCGUCACGGGGACAGACUGUACUUUGAGUGUCUGCCUGCCUUCGAGCUGGUGGGCAAGAAGAACAUCACCUGUCAGAAGAACAACCAGUGGUCAGCAAAGAAGCCCAGUUGUGUUUUCUCCUGUUUUUUCAACUUCACCACUCCGUCGGGGGUGCUGCUGUCUCCCAACUACCCUCAGGAGUACGGUAACAACAUGCACUGUGUGUGGCUGAUCAUCACCAAGCCGGAGAGCCGAAUCAAUCUGGCCUUCAAUGACCUCAGCAUGGAGAAACAGUUUGACUUCCUCUCCAUCAAGGACGGGGGGAAGGCUGAGUCUCCUAUCCUGGGUACCUUCUCGGGUGAUGUACUGCCUCCCCCCAUAACGACUAGUGCCCAUGUCGCACGGCUGGAGUUCCUGACUGACCACACGUACACCGACAGAGGCUUCAACAUCACUUUUACAACAUUCCGUCACAAUGAGUGCCCAGACCCAGGUGUACCCGUGAACGGGAAGCGUUUCGGCGAGAGCCUUCAGCUGGGCAGCUCCAUCUCUUUCCUGUGCGAGGAGGGUUUUGUCAAGACCCAUGGCUCCCAAACCAUCUCCUGCAUCCUGAAGGACGGCAAUGUCGUGUGGGACAACGCAGUACCUCGCUGUGAAGCUCCGUGUGGAGGGGAUCUGAAGGCUCCCAGUGGGAUCAUCCUCUCCCCUGGCUGGCCAGAACUCUAUAAGGAGGCCCUCAACUGUGAAUGGAUCAUUGAGGCUCCUCCAGGCUACCCCAUCAAGAUCAUCUUUGACAAGUUCCGCACGGAGGUCAACUAUGAUGUCCUUGAGGUACGCGACGGGCGCUUCCCCUCUUCACCUCUGAUUGGCAGUUACCAAGGCACCCAGGUCCCGCAGUUCCUCAUCAGCACCUCCAACUUCCUCUAUCUCCUCUUCUCCACUGACAAGAGUCAUUCUGACAUCGGCUUCCGCAUACGAUAUGAGACCCUGCAGUUACAGUCAGAUCACUGCGUUGACCCUGGCAUCCCAGUCAAUGGACAGCGUCAUGGCAAUGACUUCUACGUGGGCGCCUUGGUGACAUUUAGCUGUGAUGCAGGGUACACUCUCAGUGACGCAGAGCCUUUAGAGUGUGAACCCAAUUUCCAGUGGAGCCGCCCCCUGCCAAGCUGCGAUGCGUUGUGUGGAGGUUACAUCCAGGGGAACACCGGCACCAUCCUGUCACCCGGCUUCCCGGACUUCUACCCGCACAACCUCAACUGCACAUGGAUGAUCGAGACCUCUCACGGCAAAGGUGUCCAGUUCACCUUCCAUACAUUCCACCUCGAGAGCCCGCAUGAUCAUUUGUUGGUGACAGAGAAUGGCAGCUUCUCUCAGCCCCUGUGGAGACUGACUGGCUCCACACUGCCCCCACCACUCAGUGCAGGCCUGUUUGGGAACUACACCGCUCAGAUCCGCUUCCUCUCGGAUUUCUCCGUCUCCUACGAGGGAUUCAACAUCACCUUCUCAGAGUAUGACCUGGAGCCGUGCGAGGACCCGGGCAUCCCCCCUUACAGCACGAGGAAGGGUCUGCAGUAUGGGGUGGGCGACGCCCUCAUCUUUUCCUGCUUCCCAGGUUACCGACUGGAGGGGCCGGCGAGGGUGGUGUGUUUAGGGGGCAGGAGGCGGGUGUGGAGCUCCCCUCUGCCAAGGUGUGUUGCUGAAUGCGGCUCGUCCGUGACUGGCAUGCAAGGGGUGCUGCUCUCACCCAACUACCCCGGUUACUACGGCAACAACCACGAGUGCAUUUACUCCAUCCAGACUCAGCCUGGUAAAGGCAUCCAGCUCCGAGCACGAGACUUCAGACUGGAGGAGGAUGACAUGCUCAAAGUGUUUGAUGGUAGCAGUAACCAGGCGCGUCUGCUGGGGGUGUUUACAGGCAACGAGUUGUUAGACACCACCCUCAACUCCACCUCUAGCUCCAUGUGGCUGGAGUUCAUUAGCAAUGCAGAAAAUACCAGCAAAGGCUUUGAGCUGCAUUUUAUCAGUUUUGAGCUGGUUAAGUGUGAGGACCCAGGCGUUCCCCAGUUUGGUUACAAGCGAGAGGACAAGGGUCAUUUUGCCGGGAGCACCGUGUCAUAUAGCUGUGACCCAGGCUACACCCUGAGGGGUCCCGAGGUGCUCACCUGCCUGAGGGGGGAGAGGAGGGCAUGGGACAGCCCCCUCCCACUCUGUGUUGCGGAGUGCGGCGGCUCCAUCAAAGAUGAGCCGGCAGGUCGAAUCCUCUCUCCGGGCUACCCGGCUCCAUAUGAGCACAACCUGCACUGUGUGUGGACCAUCGAGGCCGCCCCCGGAAGCACCAUUAGUCUGCACUUCCUGGUUUUCCACACGGAGGAGGUCCAUGAUGUGCUGCGGAUCUGGGAUGGGCCCCAGGACGGAGGCGUCCUGCUGAGGGAGCUGAGCGGCUCGGUGCUGCCCCCUGACGCCCACAGCACCUUCAACACCGUCAGCCUGCAGUUCACCACCGACUUCUUCACCAGCAAGCAGGGCUUCGCUCUGCAGUUCUCCGUCUCCACUGCCACAUCGUGUAACGACCCCGGCAUGCCCACCAACGGGACUCGCAGCGGGGACAGCAGGGAGCCCGGGGACCAUGUGGUGUUCCAGUGUGAUCCUGGCUAUGUCCUGCAGGGAGCCAACAAAAUCACCUGCACUGAGAUCAACAGCCGUUUCUUCUGGCAGCCAGACCCUCCUACCUGUACAGCUCCAUGUGGCGGGAACCUGACCGGUCCCAGUGGGCUGAUUCUGUCUCCAGAGUAUCCUGAGCCUUAUCCCCAUGGCAGAGAGUGUGACUGGACAGUUACCGUCACACCUGAUUACGUCAUCGCUCUCAACUUCAACCAGUUCAGCUUGGAGCCCAGUUAUGACUUCUUACACAUCUACGACGGGCCAGACUCCCUCAGCCCCUUGCUGGGUAGUUUCUACGGCACGGACGUUCCAGAUCGCAUCGAGAGCAGCUCCAACACACUUUUCCUGGCUUUCCGUAGCGACGCCUCCCUUAGCAGCAAUGGAUUCGUGCUGCAGUACACAGAGAACCCUAGGGAGUCUUGCUUUGAGCCGGGCCUGGUGCGCAACGGGACGCGGGUGGGCGCCGACCUCAAGCUGGGCUCCACCGUCACCUACCACUGCGACAGCGGCUACACGCUAGAGGGAGACCCUACCCUCACUUGCAUCAUGGGGGGAGACAGCAAGCCCAGCUGGAACAAACCCAAACCCAUCUGCAUUGCUCCAUGUGGUGGACAGUACUCGGGUUUGGAGGGAGUGGUUUUGUCUCCCGGUUACCCCGGCAACUACAGCAGCGCACGGACCUGUCUGUACUCUGUGGUCGUGCCCAAGGACUAUGUGGUGUUCAGCCAAUUCGCCUUCUUCCAGACGGCUCUGAAUGACGUGGUGGAAGUCUACGAUGGAGCGACGCAGCACUCUCGGGUCCUCAGCUCGCUGUCUGGAGCGCACACAGGCGAGUCAUUGCCAUUAGCAACCUCCAACCAAAUCCUGAUCCGCUUCACCUCCAAAGGCCAAGCCAGCUCGAGAGGAUUCCACUUGGUCUAUCAGGCUGUGCCGAGGACCAGUGCCACCCAGUGCAGCUCGGUGCCUGAGCCCCGAAAUGGCCGCCGUAUGGGCAACAACUUUGCUGUGGGCGCGGUGAUCCGCUUUGAGUGCAGUCCAGGUUACAUACUGGAGGGCUCCAGCGCCAUUGAAUGUCUGACAGUUCCCAAUGCCUUGGCACAAUGGAACAGCUCCAUCCCCAGCUGCAUAGUACCGUGUGGAGGGAAUCUGACUCAGCGAACUGGGACUAUCUUGUCUCCUGGCUUCCCUGAGCCUUACCUCAACAGCCUCAACUGCGUGUGGAAGAUCACUGUUCCAGAGGGGUCGGGAAUCCAGAUCCAGGUGAUCAGUUUUGUCACCGAGCAGAACUGGGACUCGCUGGAGGUGUUUGAUGGAGGGGACAACACCGACACCAUGCUGGGCAGCUUCUCAGGCACCACCGUCCCGGCUCUCCUCAACAGCACCUCCAACCAACUCUACCUCCACUUUUUCUCUGAUAUCAGUGUGUCUGCGGCUGGGUUCAGACUGGAGUACAAAACGGUGUCACUGACCAACUGCCCAGAGCCUGUGGUUCCCAUGAAUGGCAUCAAGGUCGGGGAGCGCCUUCAGAUGAACAAUGUGGUGUCUUUCCAGUGUGAACCUGGAUACACUCUACAGGGGAACUCACACAUCUCCUGUAUGCCAGGAACCGUGAGGCGAUGGAACUACCCGCCUCCUCUCUGCAUAGCUCAAUGUGGCGGAAUCCGGGAAGAGAUGGAGGGCAUGAUCCUCAGCCCUGGUUUCCCUGGCAACUACCCUAGCAACAGUGACUGCACCUGGAGAAUCUACCUGCCAGUUGGUUAUGGGGCCCACAUUCAGUUCCUCAACUUCUCAACUGAGGCUAACCAUGACUUCCUAGAGAUACGCAAUGGUCCCCUGGAUACCAGCACUGUGAUUGGCCGAUUCAGCGGGCAGGAUGUUCCCUCCUCCCUGCUCACCACCUCCCAUGAGACCACAGUAUACUUCCAUAGUGACCAUUCACAGAACAAACCAGGCUUCAGGUUUGAGUACCAGGCCUAUGAGCUGCAGGAGUGCCCUGAUCCAGAGCCUUUCCGUUAUGGAGUGGUAGUGGGUGCUGGCUACAACGUGGGCCAGUCCAUUUCCUUUGAGUGUCUACCAGGGUAUCAGCUAAUGGGACACUCCAUACUCACCUGUGAGCAUGGCACCACCCGCAACUGGGACCACCCCUUCCCUCGCUGCGAAGCGCCCUGUGGUGGAAACAUCACAUCAGACAAUGGCACCAUCUUCUCCCCGGGCUAUCCAGAGGAGUAUCCCAGCUCAGCUGACUGCUCCUGGCUGAUCUCGGUGGCUCCCGGCCUGGGAAUCAAACUCAACUUCACCCUGCUUCAGGUCCACGGCCCUCACGACUUCAUCACUGUCUGGGAUGGCCCACAGGAGACGGCCAGGAAGCUGGGCGUUUUCACAGAUGGGGAGCCUAAUGACCCGCCCAGCAGCACAUCCAAUCAGGUGCUGAUACGUUUCCGUAGCAACACAGAGAAAGGCGGUCUGUUCCGAAUCAACUACCAAGCCUACAGACUGCAGUUUUGCCUGCCUCCCCCCAUUAUCCCAAAUGCAGAGAUCCUGAUGGCAAGCAAGGAAUUUAAAAUUGGUGACAUAGUGCGCUACCGAUGUCUUCAGGGCUACCAGUUAAGUGGAAACAACAUUCUGACCUGCCGUCUGGGGACCCACCUGGAGUUUGAAGGACCUCCGCCCUCAUGUGAUGUGACGUGCCCUAUGAAUGAAGUGCUGACGGCUUCCACAGGUGUCAUCAUGAGUCAGUCACCUGGCAGCGGCCUCCCCCAUUUCGAGUCGUGCUCCUGGGUGGUCAAAGUGGAGCCUGGCUACAACAUCACCUUCACCAUCGAGCACUUCCAGACCAGCCGGCAGUUUGACGAGCUUGAAAUCUUUGAUGGCCCAUCCAGACAAAGCCCUCUUCUUAUCACGCUCAGUGGUAACUACUCCAGCCCACUGAGUAUCACCAGCUCCAGCAACAAGGUCUACCUGCACUGGUCCUUCGACCACACCACCAGCCACAAGGGCUUCCGCAUUCGCUACUCAGCGGCCUACUGCAGUCCUCCAAACAACCCUGUAAAUGGCACGGUGCACAGUCUGACAGGCACUAAGCUGGGCAGCACCCUGCGUUUCAGCUGCGAUCAGGGCUUCCGGCUCAUUGGCCAGAGCAGUGCCACCUGCACUCGGACCCCACAGGGGAUCUACCAGUGGAAUGCACCGGUACCUCUUUGCCAAGUCAUGUCCUGUGGAAUGCCAGUGCCUCCAGUAAAUGGCAGUAUCGUAGGGCAGGACUUCACUUUGGGAGCCAGGGCCAUGUACCAGUGUAACCCCGGCUUCCGUCUGGCUGGACCCAUCACCACCUCAGUGGUCUGUCAGGAAUCUGGAAGAUGGAGCCCCAUUGAAGCCCCACCCAGAUGCAUACCGGUGACCUGCCCUGACAUUGGCCACUCAGCCGUGGAACAUGGGAGGUGGAGGCUGAUCUACGGGACUCAAAACCAAUAUGACGCUAUUAUGAUGCUUGUGUGUGACCCAGGAUAUUAUUAUAGGGGUCAAAGGGUCAUCCGCUGCCAGGCCAACAGCACCUGGAACUACCCGGAUCCUCGCCCCGCCUGCGAGAUUAUCUCCUGUGGCGACCUUGGGACUCCGCCAAACGGGAACAAGAUUGGAACGCUGACUGUGUACGGAGCCACAGCCAUUUUCUCCUGCAACACAGGAUAUACCUUGGUGGGCUCGCGGGUCCGAGAAUGCAUGUCCAAUGGGCUUUGGAGUGGAUCACAGGUCCAGUGUCUUGCUGGCCAUUGUGGCACUCCUGAGCCCAUCGUGAAUGGUCAGAUCAUUGGGGAGAACUAUAACUACCGAGGCAGCGUGGUGUACCAGUGUAAUCCAGGAUUUCGUCUCAUCGGGGUAUCAGUGCGAAUCUGUGAACAGGAUCAUCGCUGGUCCGGACGCACCCCCUUCUGUGUCCCGAUCACAUGCGGUCACCCUGGCAACCCCACCUUCGGUGUGACCCAGGGAACCCAGUUCAACCUGAAUGAUGUCGUGCGCUUUGUCUGCAAUACCGGAUAUGUUCUACAGGGGUCUGUUAAAUCUACCUGCCAAUCGAAUGGCCAGUGGAGCAACACACUUCCCAAGUGUAAAAUUGUGAACUGUACAGAGCCAGGCCAUGUAGAAAAUAGCAUCAGGCAGGUACUACCCAGCGGGCCACAUCGCUACAGCUUUCAGACCACUGUGACAUACAGCUGUAACCCAGGCUACUACCUGCUGGGCACCAGCUCCAUCUCCUGUCAGGGGGACGGCACCUGGGACCGCUCCCUGCCCAAGUGUCUGCUGGUACUGUGCGACCGCCCCAGUAUGCCGCCCUACGCCCAGAUCUCGGGCGACCGUCGGACGGUGGGCUCAGUCAUCCGUUUCAGCUGUAUUGGCCAGCGCACCAUCAUCGGCAACACAACACGCAUGUGCCAGCUGGAUGGCCAGUGGAGCGGCUCGUUACCACACUGCUCCGGUGAGUCUGCGGGGCUGUGCGGUGAUCCGGGCAUACCCGUGCACGGUAUCCGUCUUGGGGAAGAGUUCACGGUGGGCAGCGUUGUCCGGUUCAGCUGCGAGCCUGGCUACAUGCUGCGGGGGUCGCCGGAGAGAACCUGCCUGGCUAACGGGACCUGGCUGGGCACCCAACCCGAGUGUCACGUGAUUUCCUGUGGAAACCCCGGAACUCCACGAAAUGCCCAGAUCCUGAUCCACGACGGACUCACAUUUUCCCGCUCCAUCACUUACACCUGCCGGGAGGGUUACUAUUCUACUGGCCUACUCACCCGACACUGUACCGUCAACGGGACCUGGACCGGCAACAUGCCUGAGUGCUCAGUGAUCAACUGUGGUGACCCAGGGAUGCCAGCCAACGGUGUGAGGGUGGGGAAUGAUUUCACCUACAACCAUACUGUCAGUUUCCAGUGUUCUCCUGGUUUUACCAUGGACGUCGAUCGAGCCUCCACACUCAUCUGCACUAAGGAUCGUACUUGGAACGGCACCAAGCCACUCUGUAAAGCGAUCGUGUGCGCCCCACCUCCCACCAUCCCCAAUGGACAGGUGGUGGGCACAGACUUCACCUGGGGCUCCAGCAUCAGCUACUCCUGCAACCAAGGAUACCAGCUCUCCCUGCCCACCGUCUUAACCUGCCAGGGCAUGGGCAACUGGAGCGGAGAGAGGCCUCAGUGCUUCCCUGUGUUCUGUGGAGAUCCUGGGAUCCCAGCCCAAGGGAGGAGGGAGGACCGUGGCUUCACCUACCUCUCCUCGGUGUCCUUUUCCUGCUAUCCUCCCCUAGUCCUUGUGGGCUCCACCAGGAGAUACUGCCAGUACGAUGGCACCUGGAGUGGGACGCAGCCCUCCUGCAUAGAUCCCAGUCACACUACCUGUGGAGACCCUGGCACUCCCCUCUUUGGAAACCAGAACAACAGUCAAGGCUACCAGAUCAGCAGCACAGUGUUCUUCAGCUGCAGAAAGGGCUACCUGCUGCAGGGCUCCAUCUCCCGCACCUGCCUGCCCAACCUCACCUGGAGCGGCUUUCAACCUGAGUGCAUUGCCCACCACUGCAGCCAGCCAGAGCUGCCAGCUCAGGCUGAUGUGAGCGCCAUAGAGCUGCCCUCCCUGGGUUACACGCUGAUCUACACAUGCCAGCCGGGCUUCUACUUGGCUGGGGGAUCAGAGCACAGGACCUGCAGGUCCGAUGGAAGCUGGACCGGGAAGCCGCCUCUCUGCGCAGCUGAUAACCGCCCAAGUGGUAAGAGCCCAGUGGGGACAGUGCAGGAGCCACCCUCCAAACUACCAGUGCCAGGCGGUGUGUUUGCUAAGAACUCUUUGUGGAGGGGGUCAUAUGAGUACCUCGGGAAGAAGCAGCCGGCCAUGCUCAGCAUCAACGCCUUCGAACCCUUCAGCAACCGGGUCAACGGAACGCUUAUCGACCACAGCGGAGUGGAACUCAAGCUGGCCGGUACAUAUAAGAGGGAGGAAGCCCAACUGCUGCUUCAGGUUCACCAGAUCAGAGGCCCUGUGGAGAUCUUUGUCAACAAGUUUAAAAUAGACAACUGGGCUCUCGACGGGCAUGUGUCCUACAUUUCUUCGUCCAACUCUUUUGUGUACCAGGGAUUCGUCCGAGGGAAAGGCUUCGGCCAAUUUGGUCUCCAAAGACUGGAGAGUUUAGACCCCAGCAGAGACAACCCAGGCUACAACUUUGCCUCUAACAGCAGUUCUGUGGCAGCAGCCAUCCUAGUGCCUUUUAUAGCCAUGAUCAUUGCAGGCUUCGCUCUGUACCUCUACAAACACCGAAGAAGACCCAAAGUCCCCUUCAACGGCUACGUGGGCCAUGAGAACACUAACGGACGAGCUACGUUUGAAAACCCCAUGUACGACCGCAACAUCCAGCCCACGGACAUCAUGGCCAAUGAGACAGAGUUCACGGUCAGCACAGUGUGUACAGCAGUAUAGCGACUGCUUCCUCCAGAGGUAGGGGAAGAGAAGGGCACCCAAUCUUUGCCUGCCUGCCAGUCGAGGACAUCCAUAGUUCCCCGGGCAGAGAGGGAGGAAGAUUAUUUUACCCGCUGAAACACAUUCAAGAUACAACUCCUCCACAGGCAAAGGCUCUUUCCCGCGAGAGACAAGACAAACAAAAAGAAACCAUGUCAAGAUAACAAUGACAACAACAAACGCCAACGACGACUACAAAAAGCUUUUUGCAACUUUACAUGGUUUCUUUUUCACUUUCCAUAUUUUGAGGAAUAGCUUCCACCUGAAACUGCAGCUGGCGAGAGCCACGCUGCCAGCAACGCUGUGAUGACUAUUCUUACUGUCCUUUCGCCUAAACCCAAAGGGAAUUUAAUGGUCAACUUUAAACAAAGAAAUUGGCCUGUAGCUAACAGAGAUCUCUGUGCAAGUGAACUGUGUGGCGGACAGCUCUGUGCGAACCUGUGUUAGUCAGAGAGAGACAGUCUGGACUGUUUUGAUUAUUUCUUCUCUCUCUCUCUCUCUUUUCCAUUGGCUUUUUUUUAUAUAUACACUGCUUGCUUUCUUUGGAUACCAGAUGAGUAAUUGGGCACCCUGUUUUUCCUCGACCGUCUGCUCCUGAGGCUCUUUAAAAGUUUCACUUCAGGCCAUAAGUCUCUGGCUGAGGAUGAAUUAAAAGUUUAGUGAGUUUUGAAGGCCAUUUUGGAGACAAGGAUUCUAUCAUUAUUACUUUUUGAGCUUGACUUGUCCUUUUCUUGUAAAGCAGGGAUGAAAUUCUGCUUGCUAAGGCAGCUGUGUCCAGAGCAGGGGUUAAAAGGUAGCUAGGGCUGCGGAAAAAAAGCACUUAGUGAGGCUGCGGAGAGAAUCUGUGUGCGCGCGCGCGUGUGUAUGUGUGUGGUUUCGUGCACACACUUGUUGUGGCUGUAUCAGCAAUCUGCCCCAAAGCAUCUCCUGUCUAUCUUUUUCUGUUAUCACUAAGCCCCCAAAGAUUCAACCAGACACAGUUUAGAGGAUGCUGACAUUUCAUCUUCCACUGCAGGAAACAUUUUUAGAAAUGCUAAAGAUAGGGCAUAGAAGUGUGACGUCCACAAGGAUGCUCUGGACACCUAUAAAUCAAAUUCAUGUCUGCCCAGAAUAAGUAGUGACAGUGUAUAGAACCACUGAGAAAACUAACACCGAAGGUAGCGCCGGUCCCUAAUGCCGUUCCAAGUUUUAUCCUCUUUCUCUUUUGUUUCAGUGAUUCAUGGGCAAUCACUUUUCAUUUUUGAGUCGGGGCGAGACUCGUUGCAUCAAGACACUGACAAGAAAGUGUAGCUAGAGGAAUCCUAGCCACCUCUCUAAGUGAUGCACUCAACUGGACGUGUUUAAAAAAAAAAAAAAAAAAAAAAAAAAAGAGAGAGACAGGACUCUCAGACUUGCUCCGCUGUGUGCAAACGACACAAGCGUCAGUUACUACCUUCAUGCCUCUGUUGCUCUAAGAUGCUUGAAGAGAAAAAGACAUGGGCUGGGUCAAGGUAGAGACUACAACUGUGAUACGUUUCCAUGGAUACACAAAAGCCUUGGGACCACGUUUUUGUUGUUUUUUGUUUUUUUCCUUAAAUUUUUUUUUUCUUUUCCAUUUAAAAAAAAAUAAAUAAAAGCAAAGCUGGAGCACCAACUCAAAGAGCGGCAUUCUCGUGGGGAAGAGGCCAUGUCAGAUGUCAAAUUGUCAGCCUUUGACUUUCCUUUCGCAGCCGGCACCCACCUUCCUAUGUAUUUACUCUGAGACCAAGAUGCAGUAUGUGCUCCCUAAACCUGGCCUUAGGAAAACAAAGAUGGAAGUGCGGUCAUGGUCUAGUUCGAAAAAAUCCCCAAGUGAAGGCUCUUGAAUGCAACAUUUGGAUACAACUGAGGCACUAGAGCCGCUCCCCCUGGAUUACAUUUGUCGUCCCGCAUCUUUUCUUUGAAUUAACUUCUGACAGCUCUAUCACUUUGAAUAGAGCAGCGUUGCUUUAUUUUGUCUUGGCUCAUCAUGAAAAUGUUGCAGAAGGCUCCCUCAGAGCGGUGACAGCAGGGGAGGUGAUGGCAUAGCAAUUACUCCCAUGCGCCUCAAUUGGAAAUGAUUAAGCAGAUGAUAGGAAAACAGUGUUUAUACCUCUAAUGCUACACUCCCCGAAUGUUACCCUCUGAAUAUAUGUGGGUGCCAUUUUGGAAGAGAGUGGCAGCUGGGGAGGAGGUAUAGAGAAAACACUGGUUUCCUAUUUAGUGACACAGGAAGGAGUUGACACCAGAUUGGGGCUCUGACACAAUAUAGCGGCAGGAGUUUAAGCCUAUGCUUUAGUCGGCAAAUUACACACGUGAAAUGGGGGGUAAUGGAAUUAUGAGACAUGCAGAGGAUUCAAAACAGUAAUGCCGUUGUGAUAAUAUGUGUGUCUAUGUGAGCGGUGAAGUGGAAGCCUUCCAUACGAGGAACCCGUGGCUGCAGGAUUUUAAAGACCCGGCUCCCUGCUAUUUCUGCUGAAUAGCCCCAUACAUGUGCUGUGUUAUCCCGUGGAUGCUGAGUGGGGUGAAUGGUGCUUGAGUUUCACUGCAGCAAAUUGAGCCAUUACAUGCAAUUUGCUGUCAUUUUAGCCUUCCCUCAAUGUCAAACCCAUAUCGAAUUCUGGAUUCAUCUCGCCAUUAUCACUGAGACGACAGAUUCUCAAUUAGGCUAUGCUUGACUUCAAACAACAUAUCUAAUACAGCCAUACUCAUUUGAUUUAUCACAUGCACUGUUUGACAUCCUCCCUUUUCCUCUUAGUGUGUAACACUGUUUGGAAUUAGGAGAAAAUCGGUCUCAGAUAGAUAUGUUGUGGCGCAUUAGAUUGUACAUUUUAAACAGAAACACGGCGAAGCAGUUUUCACGGUUGCCGUCGACCAACAUGCCCAACAUCGUUUUUUUGUUUUGUUUUGUUUUGUUUUUGUUUUUUGUUGGGUUUUUUUUGUUUUUUUUCAAUGAAGACUUAAAAAUCACCUACAUAAUUUCCCUCAGAAAUCCAAGCCUUUGAAACCAAUCACAGUAUUGUUCCUUCAAUCAGUUUUGCCAUGGCUUGGUAAUUGCUUUUACAAUUUUAUUACUUUUAAAGCUCGAGCUUAUCUCGACAACGCAGAUAGAAUAUCGCCCCUUGCCUCCUCCGGUCGGGAAUUGAUGGAAAAAGGCAACGAUUGAAUUACCCCAGAGAUUUCAUGGGGAGAGGAGCAGUUGCAUUCGCAUUAUCUUGAAGCCACCGCUCUUCAAUUCACAUAAUUGUAUGCGGCUGUUGUAUUAUACAUUCCCUAUAAUUUUACAUUUGAUUUACCCCAAAUAUUUUAGCAGAGUGAAUUGCAUCAUCAAAUUCCAGUUAGUUUCUGCUAAGAGGGCUCUGCAGCACACUUCCCACCUCCAUCUGUUCCUCCCAUGGCAACAUUCAACCAAGCAUUCCCACCAUAAUUUUUCAAAACUGCAUUGAGUAUUUCACAAACAAAUCUGAUUAGCCAGAACAACGUGGCGACCCAGCUACCAAGAAGGAGCUGAUUAUCUUAAAUAGAGUUAGAUUAUAUUCACAAACUUGAUACUGGAGCAUAAGCCCAGAGAACUGUGAUCAUUCUUACCCACAAGGGCUCGGUGUUUAAAAUUCAGACAGAGUUUUCAGUACUUAUACCUAUCCCACGGUUUUUACCUCUUCCAGACUCCCAGCAAGCACUUUGAGUUGAUUGUAGUGCCUUGGUACAACCCCCCGUGAUAUUGACAUGAGUAACCAGCACAAGUGGCUCUCUCUUUUUUUUUGUUUUCAGGGAUUCCACAAUCAGACAUGCUGAUAUUGCAUUUAAGGUCUGUCUACAAUUUUUCCCAGGGGUUUUGGGGAAUCACGGGGAUCACAAAACCUUAUCAAACGUUCAGAUUUGACAAAUUAAAUGUUCAUUCUGGUUUUGAGUCGUCUUUGUGUCUUUGCAUUGCCUUUCCGAACCUUCAAGAAAACAGAGAGCUUGUUAGAAUCAUCUCAUGGUCAAGUACCAUCCACUUCUUUUUUUAUUUAGUUAUUUAGUUAUUAAUUUUUGUAUUUCUUUCCCCCCGGCUCUUUUCUCUCUCCCUAAACAAACAAUGUACUCAUUUGUACUGUAUUUCGGUGUGCAAGGAUUAAUGUUUUAGAAUUAUGUGCUUGAGUGUUUGUGCAUGUCUUUGCAAGUUUUCAAAAGGAACCUUUUCAACCAAAGACAAUGAUCCAAAUUCGCCUGGAUCAUAUUAGAGUUAGAUGUAAUUAGAUUAAAAUUCACUUUUAGAUCAGUUCCUAACUUUGCUUCCUCUAGUUUCACUAGUUUGACACAUUUUUAAUAGGAACAAGAUGUUCUCUGAAAUUUAUGCCAGUAAUUUUGCAAAAAAUAAAAAAUAAAAAAUGGGACUUUCACUGAAUAGGCACUUCAUCUAUAAAACCAUUUUCCUUUUAACCCAUCUGGAUUGGUCCAGAAAGUUUUCGCAGAAAGUGAAAUGUACUAAAAUGAAAAUGUAGAUCAGUGAAUUCUGGACUGAGUUAGACUGCAGGAGUCAGAAGAGAGAGUCUUUCUGAUAGCAGCUGGCUACUUCCCGGUUCUCUUUGCAUAUUUUAAGACAGAAACUCUGUUCAUUCUAGGUUCAUUUUCGUUAUCAGCCAGACACAGCUCUGAGUUCUCUUCUGCUCGCCAUCUCUUCUGUAAUGAAACAGACCACAGCUAUGGUCUUUGAGUCCCCAAAGAGUUUACUUAAGUUUCUGAGAGUCAGGGGCUGGACCUAAAGCCUUACCAUUUUACUUAUACAUCCCUGCAGCCGGUUCUCACUUUCCAGCAGAGGCCAUAUUGCGAUGGAUGCCACACAAGACAUCUGUUGAAAAAUGAAGCUGUCCAUCUGUCACGCUGUACGCCACAUUCUGAAUCAAAUCUCAUUUGUAAUGUCCCAUCUUCCAUCGUCACUGCAUAUUGACAGCUGUGACUGAUGCUCACUCAGCUGCUGUGUUUCAGAUCUAUUUUUCAGGCCCAUUUCAUCCAGUUCGUCUGAACCGUUCAGUCCAUUUCAGUGUGUCCAGUGGUCUCAAGCAUAAGUGGGUGGGGCAGCAUUUUGAAAAACGGUUGGAUCGUAAGUGAACUUCACUUUAUUACAGGGGAAAGGAAUAGAUGGAAGAUUUCAUGAUUUGUGUCGUUGAAUAAAAUAACGAAUGUAUUUCAUUUCAUUGAGCGCAUCAGUAUAUCUGUGCUGCAUUGUAUUCUCUGUCUGUAUCCCACAGCUGCUCCUGUGUUAGUCUGCAGUAGAAAUCUUGCAGAUGUCAGUUUUGCCAAUCUGUGUUAUCCUUGGAAUGCAAAGGGAAUGACCAGUCCAUCUAGAGUAAUGUAUAACAAAAAAAUAAUAAUUUUGGAAAAGCAUUUAUUAGAGAUUAAGAGCUUAGAUUUUACAUUGCUGUAUUUUUGUCAUGUGAUGAAAUCAUUAUGUUAAGGCCCAUGGUUAAUUUUUUUUGGAAUUUCUGUUUGUUUGUUUGUUUGUUUGUUUUUUCCCUUGGCGGGGGGGCAUUAUUCCAUGCCAGUCCAGUAGAUCUCUCCAACAAGCUUCUGAAAUGAGACCCAAACUCUUAACAACUCAACCCUUAGCGCCUGAGCAACAGCACCAUGGCCCUCGAAAGCCUCAACAAACACUCUAGAAAAAACAGACAAAAAAAUAAAAGAAAUAAAUAAAACAAAAGGCAAAGAUGCAAUGGAAAUGUUUUGCUGUACACCAAAAGGGUUACCUGGAAGAAAAAGUGGACGAAAGUGAGAAUUUGAACAGACUGCAGAACUGCAGCAAGCAAACUGGGAAAGUGUGUCUCUGAGAAAAGAGAAUAUGUUAACAAACUAAACAAAAAAAAUAAAUAAAUAAACAAAAAAAAAAACUUUUUGUACAGAGAUAUAUUUUUAUGGAAAUACAUUUGUAAUAUAAAAAGAGGAGAAAAUGGAUUGACAUAUAUGUAAAUGUUUUUCUUUUUUCAUUAUUGUAGUACAAAUGCUAGUGGGGAGUAUACAAAAAUAUCUAUAUAUAUAUAAAUAUAUAUAUACAAAGAUAAAAAUAGAAACAAAGCUUUUUUUGUAAAUGUAAAAAAGAUUGUACAUAAAAAUUUACAUACAUACUGUACAUAUGUAAGACCCACCAUGGCUUGUCUGCAAUAUAUAAAAUGUAUUUUAUCCGUCUGUAUAUGAUGCUUUGCAUUGUGUCUAAGCUUAUUCUACUUUCUUGAACUUGAAACUUAUUUUGAAGGUUUUGGAAUAAAAUAUAAAAACUAA